AUGGCAUCCACCACCCCCACUAGUAGCGGGAACAUUUCCCAAGACGACGACCAAGCCAUGACCCUGAAAAAACCGCCCCCCCCAAAGAAGCGCACGAACAAACUGCUGGUCGAACUGCUGCCAUUGCAGCACGACGAGGUCGACUUGGAGCAGCAGCGGGCGCGGCGCAUGGCGCACUCAACGUCCGACGUCGCGAGAUGA